CGAGCGCCAGAAAGGAGGAGUGGCUUCGGUUGCUAAGAAGCGGUUUUGGGUUGGCGGGCUGGCGGAGUUGGGCCGUUUUGUUGUUUGAGGGAGCUAGUGUUGCUUGGGCUGAGGCAGAGGAGCGUGAAGGGCAGGCGAGGACUGUACCAUGAGCCAGGAUGAAAGAUACGCUUUCAUUGCAGAGUGGUAUGAUACAAAUGCUGCACUUUUUCGACGCUAUGAGCUUCUGUAUUACCCAAAAGAUGGAUCAGUGGAGAUGUAUGACAUGAAGAACCGCUGCCGAUUCCUAAAUCGCAUCAAAUAUGAAGAUCUGCAGUUUAAAGAUUUGUUUGUGGGCAACAAAAUCACUAUCUACUCACGCCACCUCAAUUUGGUUGACUAUGGGGAUCAAUAUACUUCCCGCAUGUUGGGGAGUCGCAAAGAAAGAACCUUGGCUUUAUUGAAACCUGAUGUAGCACUCAAACUUGGAGAUGUCAUUGAUAUGAUUAUUAGAGCCGGUUUUACAAUAACUAAAGCCAAAAUGACAAAAGUUUCAAGGGGAGAAGCAAUGGAUUUCUACGCAGAUCACCAAGCUAAGCCGUAUUACAAUGAGCUUCUUGAAUUUAUGACAAGUGGCCCCGUUGUUGCCAUGGAGAUCUUGGGAGAUGAUGCUGUAAGCCGAUGGAAGAAUUUACUAGGACCUGCAAAUUCUUCUGUGGCCCGUACUGAAGCCCCAAAUAGCGUUAGGGCAUGUUUUGGAACUGAUGGCAUAAGAAAUGUGGCUCAUGGUCCAGAUUCUUUUGCUUCUGCUGCUAGAGAGCUGGAGUUGUUCUUUCCCUCCAGUGGAGGCCGUGGACCUGCAAACACUGCAAAAUACACACACUGUACUUGUUGUGUUAUUAAGCCUCACUCAGUUAAAGAAGGUCUGACUGGGAAGAUAAUAAAAGCAAUACUUGAUGGAGGAUUUGAUAUUUCAGCCUUGCAGAUGUACUAUAUGGACCGUGCAAAUGCAGAGGAAUUCUACUCAAUUUACAAAGGUGUUGUCGCUGAAUAUGCUGAGAUGGUUGUAGAACUUUGCUCAGGCCCUUGUGUAGCUCUAGAGAUUAGGCAAGUAGAUCCUGAAAAAGUAUUCCGAGACUUCUGCGGGCCUUCUGAUCCCGAAAUAGCUCGUUUUCUGCGUCCGGGCACGCUCCGUGCUAUCUAUGGUAAAAACAAGAUCCAAAACGCUGUUCACUGCACAGAUCUUCCAGAGGAUGGUCUUUUGGAGGUCCAGUAUUUUUUCAACAUCUUGGACAACUAACUAGAGACAGCAGAAUUACGGGGCAUACAAAAAACAAGCCACAGGAUGGAAGAUGUGUGUUUAUUCAUUUAUUGACCAAUGUUUUAACCUGACUGAAAUACAAGAUCAACAAGAGCACUGUAUUUUCCUGGCUAUUACAUAUGUUAGAACAUAGAGGUUUGCACUUUAGACAACAUUUAACACCAGUUGAUGGGGGUAACUGCAUUGCUUUUCAUAAAGUUCAAAAUAAAGAUUUAUUUUCAAA